AUGUAUCCGCCGAUCCAGCCGUAUGAGACUGGGACAUUGAAAGUCUCGGACAUACAUACCCUUUACUACGAGGUCAGCGGAAAUAAGGAAGGGUCUCCAGUUGUGUUCCUUCAUGGCGGCCCUGGAAGUGGCACAGAUCCCAAGGAUCGACAAUUUUUCAAUCCGCGCAAGUACAAGAUCAUAUUGUUUGAUCAGAGGGGUGCCGGGAAGUCUACUCCGACGGCAUCGCUGGAAGAAAACACGACCUGGGACCUUGUGAAGGACACUGAGAGAAUCCGAGAGCAUCUGAAGAUCGACAAAUGGCACGUCUUUGGUGGCUCCUGGGGUUCCACACUGUCCUUAGCGUAUGCGCAAUCACACCCUGACCGGGUGAAGGCUCUGGUACUCCGUGGCAUUUUCACUCUUCGCAAGAGUGAAUUGCGAUUCUUCUAUCAAGAGGGAACAUCGCAUCUGUUCCCAGAUGCAUGGGAAGAAUAUGUUGCCCCCAUACCAGAGGCCGAGCGCCAUGACAUGAUCACAGCUUAUCACGCGCAACUCAACUCCGUCGAUGAAGAGACGCGCAUCAAUGCUGCUAAGGCAUGGUCUAAGUGGGAAAUGGCUACGUCGAAGCUAUACGUUGAUCCUGCUCAACUGGCACACGCUGAAGACGACCGUUGGGCUAAUGCUUUUGCACGGAUCGAAAACCACUACUUUGUCAACGACGGCUUCAUGAGGGAUGGUCAGCUCCUGGAGAAGCAAGAGAUCGACAAGAUCCGCCACAUUCCGACGAUUGUUGUACAAGGGCGAUAUGACGUCGUCUGUCCCGCCAAGACCGCACAUGACCUCAAGCAGGUGUGGCCGGAGAUCACCUUGCACAUCGUGCCUGAUGCUGGGCAUUCUGCGCGCGAGCCAGGAACGGCAAAGCUACUCGUGGAGGCCACCAACAAGUUUGCUGACUUGUGAUCGAAAGGACACGUGUGAGAAGAAUCAAAAUAGGUAACACAUUGUACCAUUGUACCAUGCACUCGCUGUAAACAGACUCGUCGAUGAUACGUGCACUACAUCUACAUGAAUCUUAUCCACUACUCCUCUGUUACGA